CCAGACAGAAGAGACUGUUGGAAUCAAAGCUCCAAGCCUGCCUCUUUCUCUCUCUUCCCUUUGCUCCCAGACCCAGAUAUCAGCUCUUGCUUACUGAUGUCUCUCUCUUCUCUCUCUCCCCACACAAAAUGCUUGCUUUCUGAACUCCUUCAUGUGCAACCAUCAGUUCUAGAUUUUCAGUCUUCCUUUCCUUCUCCCCUUUCUCUUCCUUUUUUUCUUGCACAAAAUUGUUUACCUGUUAUACUGAAUUCUUCCUCACACAAUUGUUUUUCUUUGUUUUCUUCCUUCACUUUUUCCUGCCUCUUCCUUUUCACAAAAAUAUUUAUUUCUCAAACCUCUUCACCACUUCUCCAAAACAGAAAAACAGGGCCGGUUGAUGGUGGCAGGGGAGAGAGAGAAAUGCCAAAAUUGAUGGGCUGUUGUACAAAAAGUAGCUCUGAACUGCAACCUCAAAAGUACAGAAACCUUGUGCCAAGCACACCCUUAUAUAGGAUUUCUCUCCAGGAAUUCCGACUUCUGACACCCAGCAAUCUGUAGAGGGCUCCCAAACCCAGGAUCCACAGCACUUUCAGUGACCAAACACAACAAGGAGUCCUCUCUACCACCACAAAGACCACUCCCCCUGCAUUCUGAUGAAGAGACCCUUCCAUCUGGGAGCUGGCAGAAAAGCAAGAAGACCAAACCUAACUAGAAGCAAGAAAGGCAACUUCUGCAGACUGGGCAGAACCACCAAGCAGAAAGGGCACGGACCAUGGAGCUGCUGUCCCCCAACAUCCCACACACCUGCAUGGCAGCUGUAGUCAUAGUCUGCACCAUGGGAGCCAUGGACGUCUAUUUGGUGGAACAGAGUGCUGGAGCCCGACGGCUGGGUGUCUGCACACUGGCCCUGGCUGGAGACCUAUUCUUUCUCCUGGUGUUGCGCUUUGCAACAGUGUGGCUGGGUGGUGAGGCGCGCCUGGCCCAGCGGGGGUAUGCCAUGGUGCUGUGGUUUCUCUUUGCGUUUGCCCUGGAGAUCAAACUCUACUUCAUUUACCAGCAUUAUGCGACGGAAGGGCAGGCUCCUGAUCCACUAGCCCGGCAUACCCUGACCCUACUGCUGUCCAUCUGCAUCCCUGCUCUCUAUACAGUGCUGGGAGCCACCGAGCUGCUGGCCCAGGCCACCACCAGCUUCCGCAAGAAAGAUGAACUACGCAGGCGCCUCUUUUGGGUGGUUUUGGACCUGCUGGAUGUGUUGGAGAUCCAAGCCAGCCUCUGGGAGCCGCAGCAGCGAGUGCUGCCCUUGUGGGCAGAGGGCCUGACGUUCUUCUACUGCUACGGCCUCCUGCUGGUACUCCCUUGUGUGUCGCUGAGUGAGCUGGGUGUACAGAACCCCCACUGCGGCACACUCUACCCCCUGCUGAGUCUGGCAAGCGUGAAUGUGGCCACCAUCUUCAUCCGUGGGGGGCUGCUCCUUCUCUGCCAUGACCAGCGCAUCUCCUCCAUCUUCAUGGGGAAAAACUUCCUAGCCAUUGCCUUGAAGAGCUGUGCGGUAUUGCAGCACCACACAGGCACCCAAGCCGCAAGGGAAACAUGCCACAGAUGUCCCACAUGCAACCAGUCCCUUGGACGCACCCGGACCACAGGUGAGCAGCAACACAGACACGUCCAAACCACAGCAGAAAUACGCAACAGACAGUCCACAGCUGACUACAGUCAUGAAUAUGCUCAAACCGCAGCUGGCCAGCCCAGCAAACAUACUGCAAAUGACCAGCUACACGAACAGGCUAAAGCCAAAGCCAGUCACAGAAAUCCCACAGUUGAAAUGCCCCUGGAACAGGCCCAGGUGACAGAUGAACAGUCCCACAGAAGUGCUCAAACCACAGACCACCAGCUGCAUAGACACUGCUGCAUCAAAGAAUCCAGCCACUACAGACACACCAUCCAGCACUCACCGAGAGAUCCAACCACCAUUGGUCCCACCACUGACAGAGCACUCAGAACAGGUUAUCGGGUGCAGCUCAAGUCUGUAUGGAAUGGUCCAUGAUACACUUUCAUAGGGAUGCUGCCUGACAAAAAAAAAACACACCUGCCUUUGCACACCUUGAGACCUACCGGGAGGGCAGAAUCACAGUUUAGAGACACAGCUACCAGCAAGGCUGUCAGCCACCUAGAUUAGUGGGCACAAAAUCCAAAUACACCAAUGUUUAUUCCACUCACAGCACUAAACACAGGCAUCUGGUUGGCCGCAAGUGUUCUGUCAUCACUUGUGGCAGGAGGGGAGGUCAAUGACCAAUCAGGAUGCUCCAACUAGUCUUAGUGCAGAGAAUUCAAAUCAACAGGUCAUCUCCAAAUCACUUACACAAGAGAUUUACAGUGUUGUUCUAGAAAUAUGUCUUGUAUGGACUGCCCUUUUGCAAUCUUAAUCUCCAAAAUAUUCCACUACACACUGCACAGCCAAUCUAUAAAAUUUAAUGGGAGUGGCCAGGGAACAGUCCUGCAAAGAUACUGUCCUUCUAACUUUCAAAUGUUUAAUCUACCUAAUCCCUAAAAGGAAGCCACACCCACUACCAUGCCCCUUCUGCUACAAGAGGAAGUCGAUAUUGCAACUAACCCAAGCACAUGCUGCAAUUACACCAUUUUGCUUACAGCUGGAUCAGGGUGGUUUUGGGGUCAGGGAGACCUGGCCCCCAGUGGGUGAAGCAAUAAAGAAGAGUGCCUCUGA